ACUUGUCGCUGCCGUUACAGCAAGUCAGAUAACCACAGCGCCGUCAACUUAGUCAGCUCUUCGUAAGAGACAGGUUAAACCCAAAGCGAGCAAGUACCCACAAAUAGCUGUAAUUAGCUAAAUCCACCCACCCGAAGAAUAUGGAUGACGACGUAUUGACUACAUUGAAACUAUUGAUUAUCGGCGAGAGUGGAGUUGGGAAGUCGAGUCUGCUAUUGAGAUUCACAGAAGACACAUUUGAUCCUGACCAGGCAGCCACUAUAGGUGUGGAUUUCAAAGUCAAGACCAUCGCAGUGGAUGGGAACAGAGCUAAGCUGGCUAUCUGGGACACGGCCGGACAGGAGAGAUUCAGGACCCUCACACCCAGCUACUACAGGGGGGCGCAGGGCGUCAUACUGGUGUAUGACGUGACUAAGCGGGACACCUUCACCAGGCUGGAGAACUGGCUGAAUGAGCUGGAGACCUACUGCACACGCAACGAUCUGGUCAAGAUGCUGGUGGGCAACAAGAUCGACAUGGACAACCGCGAGGUGGACAGGAAUGAAGGCCUGAAGUUUGCCAGGAAACACUCCAUGUUGUUCAUAGAGGCCAGUGCUAAGACCAAGGACGGCGUGCAGUGUGCCUUCGAGGAGCUGGUGGAGAAGAUCCUCCAGACUCCAGGGCUGUGGCAGAGCGACACCCAGGGACAGGGCGUCCGGCUGGGGGACACACAGCAGCAUCCGGGGGGGGGGUGUGGAGGGUACUGCUCCAUACCCUAACUGGAGGGAAGGAACACUCGGAACUGGACUGGGCUGGGAACCGCAAAUGAGGAUGGAGGAGAGGAGGGAGGGAGGGAGGAGGAUAGACUGGUGAUGGGGCCUGAUGUCCUUAGGGGCGUGGCACUGAGGGACUCACUUCCUAUCAGCUGACGUGACGUGUCACAUGACAGCAUCACAUUUGACCCCCACCUCCUGUCUAUGGAACUUGAUUGUUUUAAAAUGACACUUUUCUUUUGGUUUUCCAUGCCACGUCAUACACAAUCUUUGUGUGUACGGUAAUGGUAUCAUGUUAGAAAUUCUGCCGCUCACAUGUCUAGUAGCUUCCUCAUGUCCUCUUAACUACCAACCAAGCCCUGGUCUGGGGAACAGCGCCACCUGGUGACUGCUGGGCCCCUCACCACGUUGGCCUGACAGACUCUGGAGGUACGUAGAUAUAAAAACACUAAAACUCGUAUCCGCUCAUGUCCGUUUGAGCGGCGCCCCCAUAAAGAACGUAUGGGGAACAGCUGACCCAGGCAGGCGCAACAUGGGGUUUGGGGGAGGGAGGGGGGAUAGUUCUGCCUUAAUUACGACUGUAGCGAUGGUUACCGUGGCGCCUGACAGGUGAGGGGAUUGAAAAUUGAUAAUAGCAGGUCAGUGGUCACCGGACACUUUUAUCAGUCUUGAAGAGACAGGCGAGAUGGACGUGGGCUCGAGCAUUGUGAAGGCACUCAGAGAAGCCAUGUCAUGUCCUGUCAGGACAUGUGAUGUCAUGUCAGGACAUGUGAUGUCAUGUCCUGUAAAGCACCCAGAGAAGCCAUGUCAUGUUCUGUCAUGUGAUGUUGUAUAUGUCUGCCUGCAGGAACUUGUGCCUAUCAACCGACGUCACCACGGCAACCUGGCUUGUCAAUAACCACAUCUUUUUAAUAUCGUUUUUCUUCUUAGUUUAUUUGCUUAUGUCGUUUCCUCUGCUCAAGAGCAGCGUGUCUGUUUAUACCACUGUUCUCUGUAGGCCUGUUAGCCACACGCUUACUGUACGCCACCCUGCGUCACACACACGCACACACACACGUACACACGUGCAGUCCCCUGUCCAGACCCUUGAGCCCGCUACAUUCUAGUUCCAGAGACGUGUCUGCUGCAUGUUUUCUGUCUGUGUUACAUGAGUUAUGUCAAGAUGACCCAGAGCUCCUAAUGAGUGUUUUUGUUGCAGGAAAUUUUAAAGUACAUCUUUGUCUUCCUGGAGUCCAUUUCUGAAUUGUAAUUUUGCCUUAAUGUCGACCAUGUUUGUAUUGUUGCGUUUAUUGAACACGGGCGUUCAUAUUAAAUGAAUUAAGUGAAAAUAAAUGACAAUCUGAAGACCAGGAAAUUUCAAAAA